AUGAGUAACAUAAGAGCCAUAAAUGCAUACAGAAAUGCUCUCAGAGCUACAAGAGUUGCUUUCAAAAACGAUUUGCCUGUUUUAACAGCAGCUAGAACUCAAAUAAAGCAAGGAUUUAUUGAUAAUAAAGACUUGGCUCAACAAGAACAACAGCAAGAAGCCAUAGAUAAAAUGAACGAGGUAAGCCAGUUCUUGAUCAAAAAUAUCGUUCAAGGUGAAAAGCAAGAAGGCGAGAAAUACUUUUUGAAAUUUCAUGAUCGUACUGAAUUAGGAGAUAAUGAAACAAUCAAACAAUCGAAAGCAGAAAUGGGUUCAUUAGCAGGUGCUAAGGUCAAAAAAUGCAGUGACAUUAAAAAGUGA